AUGUCAAAGAACGAAUACUACAACGCACCCCAAGGCCCACCACCUUCUUUCAAUCAAAGCCAAGGAGCAUCUGGCAGUGCCGGUGGCAGCUAUGUUCCACAAUCACAACCACAAUACAAUGCCGAUACACAAGACCGAGGAUUUGGAUAUCAUCAGCAACAAGGAUAUGGUCAAGGACCACCGCCAAACGCAUAUUACCAGCAACAGCCAGGGUACGGCGGUGGAGGAUACCCCCAACAGGGUGGCUAUUACCCACAACAGCAACCGAUGUAUGUACAACAACAAAGAUCGAGUAACAAUCAGGAUUGUUUAUUGGCUUGUUUGGCUGCAUUGUGUGUUUGUUGUACGUUGGAUGCUAUAUUCUAA